UGCGUGGGAGAGCAAACAGAGCCGAGGAGGGGUUGGUGAUCUUUGAAGCUCAGCGUUAAUGAGUGGAGACAGGUCUCUUUAAGCGAAUAAACAUCUGGUGUUGGCGCAAGCAAAAUAUGUUUAUGGUCAUAUUCAUUGGAUUAUUUAUUUAAGAAGAAACGUGAACAGACUGUUCGGAAGACUCAGUGAGAAGCAGCCUCCGUGUCCUCUGCUCAACAAGACCGACCUGUUUUUGUUCAUCGAUAUGACAACAUGGCAGCUGAAAGGAAUAUGUCAUUUCGUCGGGUUGGAAGUAUCAUGAGGAGUAGAUCUGAGGGCACAUUAAUUGAUCUCAGUGAUGAUACAUCAUCCAGUAAUAACUUGAAUGGUGGCUUUGUACCGGGAAGAACAUCAGAUUGGCAGAUUUCACAUCCAGAAAAAUUGGUGUCCUCUCAAACCAAAAACCCUUUUUGGAAAAAUCUAUUGGGAUCCAAUCCAUUCCUUGACGAUAUUGUUCACAGUGGCACAUGUAAACCAACUUCCAAUGGGUCAGAAGUAAAAACAGGAGGAACAGCACAUCCAGAUGAUGGUAAUGAUGAUGGCACAAGCAUAUCUUCUGAUGAAGACAGCAUUGGGAACUUUAGUGUGAACAGACACAAAACCAGCAACCAGUCUGGGAGAUGGAGGAGUGCUUCAGACAUUCUCAGUGAUCUGGAGAAAAAGGAGCCAAAAUUUAGGAACAACUCCACACCACCUGGGCCUGUGCUAAGCCCAGACUUUGAGUGGCUGAAGAAUGACAGAGAGGCCUAUAAGAUGGCCUGGCUGAGCCACCGGCAGCUGACCCGCUCCUGCCUGGACUUAAAUGUGAUGAGCCAGAGCCCUGGGUGGGCCCAGACCCAGGCCACACAUUUUCAGGUUAUUAGUAAGAUCAACCACAGCGGAGGCUCAGUACAAUUACCUGAAUCCAAAAUUAGCAUUCAUGUCCCACAAGGGCACGUUUUGCCUGGAGAAGUUCAGGAAGUGACCCUGAAAGCUAUGCUUUACCCUCCUCCUGGCCUCAACAAUAACUUCAUAACAACCAUGAGCCCACUUCUCGAGGUGCUUCUUAGUAACAUCAACACAAAGGAGUGCUUGUCCUUGGAGAUGAAACUCUCAGGGGAGGUAAAGGACAACCCUGAAAGUCAGGUGAUGACCACUGUGUUUGGAAUGGUGUCUAACAAACGACAGGGCCCAUACACCAAAAUGAACGACUGUUACGUCGACAAGAACUUGAUUCGGAUGAAACUCCAGGAUCUGAAGACGCAUUUUUUUGUGAUAGCAGUGGCAGAGGCCUCUGCUCUCCAGCCACCCACCACAUCAGUUUGGGAUUACCUCAGUCGACAGAUCACAGUUGCGGUCUAUGGCCCAAGGUUCAUCCAUCCAUCAUUUAAGGUUGUAAUAGUCGUCUGCAGCCAUGAAGAUGUUCCACCUAAGCUUCCUUUCUCAGAUGUAUGCAAAGGUAAUAAAAACGUGCCCCCACUUGUGCUGCAACUUUGGGGGAAACACUCAUUCAUACCAGAUAUGUUGAAGGACUUUACUGUAGGGGUGGAUGUUAAGGGCUCAAACUUUGGAAUAAACUCUGAGGACAAAGAGAAAAAAGUCAGGCAAAGUCAGCUCAAGAUUGGUACAGUUUUGCAUCUACCAGUAUCAAUAUCCUGCCCUAGGAAAGCAGAGAUGACUCCUUUUCAGUUAGACAUACAAGUGAUAGAAUCAAACUCGUCAUCAACAUCAGCUGACUUUCAGGUUUCUUCCCCUCCUGCACCACCCAUCAGGUCAGAGAAGAGGCAACCAAAGAAUGUGAAAAGAAAGACUGAUAUUGCAAAAACAUUUUCCAUUCCAGAGGAAAGUGACUCAGAUUUACCCAAAUUCAAAGACAUGCCACUGACUCUGCAGUGGUACGGGAUAGCCCUAAAGACAGUUUUACGUCAGCCACACGUAGAAUAUCUCCUGGAGUAUUUUAAGGGUGAUACCGUGGCUCUGCUGUCUAGAGAGACUGUCCGGUCAGUCGGUAAUUUGAAGGUGAAAGAGUGGUACAUCGGAUCCCUCAGAGGCAGAAUUGGCUUGGUCCACUGCAGAAACAUCAAACUCAUAGCAGUGGACCAGGUCAUGGACUUCAGUGAUGCUCAAGUCACCACAGCAGUUCUUUUGAACAACAUGACACUGCCCUUCAGGAAGCUCACGUACAUGUAUUCUGCCAUCCAGACAUUGGUCACACAGCACAUCACAAGCUGGAGAGGUUUUGCAGAUGCUUUAGAGUACAAAAACGAGCCUCUGGAAACAAUUAAGAGAAGAUAUGCAGAAAAUGACGCUGAUAAGGUGGCUUGUGUUCUGGAACAGCUGAAGGAGGACUGCCACAGUGAGAAGUCAAGGAAAAAGUUCCUGCAUGAACUAAUGGUGGGGCUACUGAAGAUGAACAAUGUGAAUCUAGUGGCUCAGCUCAUUCAGAAUACAGUCAUUCUGUCGACAGCUGUGGAGCUGGGAAUUCGGUGGCGGGAGCUUGCAGAGAAGAUGGGAAAACUAACCAGCGCUCAGAUAGCUGCUUAUGAAGCUCCACACCGAGGGAAGGACGAUGAAGUCAGUCAGCAGUCCAUGUGGAAGCCUGCCUAUGACUUCCUGUACUCCUGGAGCCUUCGUUAUGGAGACAGCUACAAGGAGAUGAUCCAGGAGCUUCACCUGGCCCUGGAUAAAAUGAAAAACCCUGUCACCAGGCAGUGGAGGCAUCUGACCGGUGUGCUCAUCACAGUGAACUGCUUAGACAUCUUUCAAGAAACAGCUUUCCCAGAACCCUAAAUGUUUUACGCUGUUGUGCUGAAACAGGCUUUGUGUGAAAAGCACUAAACAUGUUACAUACUGACAUCUUUACUUAAGACACAAAACUCUCAGAGAAUUUCACUUUAGCUGAAGUUCUCUGAAACACCAUAACUAGCGAGUCCAGGCAGGCAGUGAUUUAAAAGUGUUGAAGAUGUCUGUGCAAAUGUCAAAUAUGUGCAGAGGAAAUUGUAAUUUUGCUUGUACUUAUGAUGCCAGUAGUGACUUACUGAUGUCCUUGAUAUUAAUAAUUUCAAAUGGUGUAGGACCCUUUGUGUUAUUUUUUUUAUACAUAGCAGAAAUUUCUCUGUAAACCUUUUCCCAUUCAAAGUGCACUUUAUUUCUACAAGUCUUCAAUGUUUAAACAGCAGAUUCAGAAAUAUAAUUUUAAUCCACUGCAUUUGAGAUUAUUCAUACAUCAAGUCAAUAGUGUAACCUUUUGACUUUUAAAUGAUAUUAUGUUCUGUAGCAUUUAUUGCACUUCUGGACAUGUUUUUUUUAAAUAUAUUUUAAGUAGACUGUAAAAAACACUGUUAAAGUAAAAAAAAUUCCUAAAUGUCAUGUGGGCAUGCAGCAUUGGGAGUCUGAAUUUCUUUUUUUUUCCAGGUUUGUGGUGAAAAUAAGACUGUUUUACCAAAGGAAAAGUCACAUAAGAUGCUUAAACAAAAGAAGGUGUCUUCUAUGUGUCAUAGACUGCUCUUUUGCAUAUGUGUUAUUUUCUACUAUAAAAUUUUAGAUAAGUAGGAAUAUUAUAAUUUAAUAAAGGAAAUAAACAACA